GGACUAGAAAAGUGACAUUUUCAUUCAUCUCUUCUUUCGUUCGGUUGCGCGAUUUCAGGGGAGAGCGUAGAAAAGAAAAAAGUUUUAUCACCGUGUGAAAUUCCGUCGGAAAAAAUAGUGCUAGCGUUCCGGAACCAGUUCGAAAACCAAACCCCAAUAGAAAGAACAGCACAUACAAAACAUGGCUGCCAGCACUAGCGGUGAUAAAGCGGCGGAUGAUUCACUUUACCCGAUCGCGGUGCUAAUCGAUGAACUCAAGAACGAGGAUAUCCAGCUGCGCCUAAACUCUAUCAAGAAGCUGUCGACGAUUGCCCUUGCCUUGGGUGAGGAGCGAACCCGCACUGAGUUGAUCCCGUUCCUGACCGAAACCAUCUACGAUGAGGACGAAGUGCUGCUGGCGCUGGCGGAACAGUUGGGCAAUUUCACCGCCCUGGUCGGAGGUCCCGAGUACGCCAUGUACCUGAUUCCUCCACUGGAAUCGUUGGCCACCGUCGAGGAAACUGUGGUCCGCGAUAAGGCUGUGGAAUCGCUGCGAAUUGUGGCCGCUCAGCACAGUGCACAGGAUUUGGAAAUCCACGUUGUUCCAACGCUGCAGCGUUUGGUUUCGGGCGAUUGGUUCACAUCCCGCACAUCUGCCUGCGGACUGUUCUCGGUUUGCUAUCCAAGGGUAUCGGCCGCAGUCAAGGCCGAACUGAGGAACAACUUCCGGCAGCUGUGUCAGGACGAAACUCCCAUGGUUCGGCGAGCUGCUGCCGGAAAGCUGGGUGAAUUCGCCAAGGUCGUCGAGCUGGAGUAUCUGAAAUCGGACUUGAUCCCGAUGUUUGUGCAGAUGGCCCAGGACGAUCAGGAUUCGGUCCGAUUGCUGGCGGUGGAGGCCUGCGUUAGUAUUGCCCAGCUGUUGCCCCAGGACGAUGUGGAACACAGCGUCAUGCCGACUUUGCGUCAAUGCGUCAAUGAUUCCUCGUGGCGAGUGCGUUACAUGGUGGCAGAGAAGUUUACUGGCCUGCAGAAGGCUGUUGGGCCGGAAAUCACCAAAACCGAUCUUGUUCCGGCAUUCCAAUACCUGCUGAAGGACACUGAAGCAGAAGUUCGCGCCUCGGCUGCCACCAAAGUAACCGAAUUCUGUGCCAACCUGGAAAAGAGCAGCCAGGAACAGAUCAUCAUGACUUCGAUUUUACCCUACGUCAAAGAACUGGUCGCCGAUCCGAACCAACACGUCAAAUCGGCACUCGCUUCGGUCAUUAUGGGACUCAGCCCUAUCCUGGGUCGCACCAACACCAUCGAUCAUUUGUUGCAACUUUUCCUGAUCCAGCUGAAGGACGAAUGGCCAGAGGUGCGUCUGAAUAUCAUUUCCACACUGGAUUGCAUCAACGACGUCAUUGGAAUUCAACAGCUGUCUCAAUCUCUGCUGCCGGCCAUCGUCGAGUUGGCCGAGGACUCGAAAUGGCGCGUCAGACUGGCUAUUAUCGAGUAUAUGCCUCUGCUAGCCGGACAGCUCGGUCAGGAAUACUUCAACCAGAAAUUGCGGGAUCUCUGCUUCAACUGGUUGAAUGACCACGUGUACGCCAUUCGUGAAGCUGCUACGUUGAAUAUGAAGAAGAUUGUACAGACCUUCGGAACACAAUGGGCCGAAACCAACAUCAUCAACCAGAUCUUGGUCAUGUACAAGAACAGCAACUAUCUGCAUAGGAUGACCUGCCUGUUCUGCAUCAACGCCCUGGCCGAUGUCGUCGGAGCUGACAUCAUCAUGCGUCUGUUCCUGCCCACCAUCAAGGUCCUGUCGACGGAUCCGGUCGCCAACGUGCGCUUCAAUGUCGCCAAGACGCUGCAGAAGCUGUCGCCAUUCCUGGACCAGACCGCUAUCGACGAGCACGUCAAACCGAUCCUGGAGAAGCUGAACACCGAUACGGACGUCGAUGUCAAGUAUUUCGCCUCAGAGGCAAUGGUUGGAAUUGCUGCCGCCUAAAUUGUGUAUCCAGGAUGAAUUUUGUAUGCAUUGUUAAUGUGUAAGUUAGGAGAAAUAAAUCCGUAAAUAAUUCAGCGAUAUACAUUCAACAGACUUCUUAUCCAACUAGACACAAGCAGCACCCGCAAAUUCUAUUUAUUUUCUUCUAAGGCUCCGUGACGAAGAUGUGAAAACGUUUGCUUCAUUACUCAAAGAAUAAGCUGGAAAUUGUAUUUAGAGAAAAAAAAACGUCAUUGGAAACACCACUUUAGCUAAUGGGUACUCUGAAACUGUUUUGAACCAAAAUGCUUGACAUUGGCGUAGUUUUAUACUCAUCAAAUAAUUGUGAAAAGGAAACAUUUCGCCAAGAGAAAGACCAUAAUGGAAAACACCGGGACAGUUGCUAUUAAAGUGGACGCAUUUUUUGGAAUCAUCACUAAGUUACGUGGUUAUUAAUGGAUCAUUUUCUAUUUCUCCAUUUUCGAGACAAAAUCUAUGGCAAAAAAAUACGUGAAAAUCACGCAAAUUUCAAAGAGAAACAAGAUAAUAUGACAUACACAAGAACGGAAAGUAUAUCCAAUUACAUUAACUUAGUUUAAGUUUACAAUUUAAUGGUAAACACACGUAACAUAUAAGAAGAUAAUUUAACAAACAAUAAAAGUCCAUUAGAGGAA